UUCAUUUGUGGUGCUUGAGGAUAUUCAGCUGUGUCUGGUUAAAAAAGAACUAACAAAUGGUGGUAGUGUUACAAAAAUACAGUCAAUUCUUUUGCAUUUUUUAAAGUGACAACAUGUUUCUCGUGUCGACUCUUUUCGUACUGGUGUUAACGGCUGCGGCAGAUCCCAUCCAAAAUCUUCGUCAACCGAAAGAAAUAGCCCAAAGGCGACAACUCAUCGGCUAUUCUAAUAACAUAGUCCAUGAUCACCCAAAUUAUCCAGACCAAGCACCCCAAAGUAGUGUCAACGUGAACUUCAACACCCAUCCAUCUGAAACUAAAAAAAUUUAUUCGAACCACUACCAACAACCCUAUACUCAGAACUACCCCACAAACGCACCACAGUCUCAGCUGUUCAAUGUUGGUUAUAGUGUGAGCUUCACCAAUGGGAAACCAGUAAAACCUCCUCCGAAAUAUCCAAGGAACAAUAAUCUAGACGAUGGCGAAAUUAUCACCGGUACAAGAAAAUACAACGAACAAGUAGAAGUACCUAAUGUUAAUAUGUCGCCGCAAGAGUACGUCCACACUGCGCUUAUUAGUACCAAGAAACAGAAAAUAUCAGGCCUUAAACCUAAACCCCAACUAAUCGCAAAUUAUCAAAGUCCGAAAGUACUACUAUCUCAAGCCAAUCUUUCUCCAUCCACUCAAAAAUACUACAGAACUCUAGAACAACUGAAGCCUCAAAUUCAAAACGUGCAAGAGUUGCAACAGAAGUACACCUGGCGGAAUCUGAGUCCUGGUGUUGAAAUAAUAAGAAGCACUGAAGUCCCAACAGGUUUGAAGUACACAAGAGUUGAAAAUUCGGUACCGUUUGAACACGCCAGAGCUCUUGCUAGUCCCGAAGUUUCCAAUACUAAUAAAUAUACAAGAAUAGAAGCUGCACCGUUUGAUCAUGGUCGUGCUCUUGGUAGAAGCCAAGAAUUCGAUUACUCCAAUGCUAUUGACAACAAUUCUCCCCAACAAACCACUCUUUAUUACAAUAGUUUGCGGAAAGUUCAAGAAAAAGCGGAACAACAAAUUCCAGUUGUUGUAAACCAAAAUGUGGCGCAGUUACCAAUCGAUACCAGUUUGCUCAAAGAACCGGUAGCAAUCCAAGUCGAUACAAGAUUCAUGGAUGAAGCAUUGCGAAAUCAGGGAGGCUCGUACCCUAAAUAUUCUCAGUCCCCGGAACAGGCAGUACAAGACGUGAAUUAUCUCCAACAAGCUUAUAGAACAAUACCUGUGGAAGAAAAUACUCAGACGAAACCGGUUCUAGUCUAUCGACAAGAUCCUCAAACUUUCCAGGAUUUCCAGCCUGACCAGAAUCGUUUUCAGUUGAAGAUUUAUGGCAAACCUCAACCUCUUUCCGUCGGGUUUACUGAUGGGCAAGAUGAGCAAAUUAAGCGUCAACCGAGGUUUUUGACUGAUUUGCACACUAAUUUAAGGCCUCCACCAAUGAAUUUGUCGUACCAAAGAAGAAUCCGAGUUGGUUAGUUUACUAUUAGGUGUACAAAAGGGCAGAAGCCCCACGAUGCUGUUUAAUUGUUAACUAUAGAUUGCUUCGAUGUUGUUGUUUAUUAAUUCGUUCUUAGUUUAGACUGUUUAGUUGUGUAAGUUUUUAUUUAUUACUUGUUACGGCGUUUCUAAUAAAGUACUAUUCCACUGAGA